AUAUUAUAUAUAAACGUUCUCGCAUCCCAUGCCCUAGCCACGUUCCAAACAAUACUCCCUCACUAUAAUUUAUUUAUUCCCUUUAAAAUCUGAUCCAAUCAAGUGUUAACCUCACCCUUCAACAGACCUGUCUUUCUAUUUUCUACUACCAUCUUUUGACCCAACACAAAAAAUCACUUCGACAACCAACGACAACAAUGGCCUCAUCAUCAUCAACCUCUUCGCAAAACCUCCCUUUGAAACCAAUCCCAGGAAGCUACGGUCUUCCCAUCAUCGGACCCAUGCACGACAGACACGACUACUUCUACAACCAAGGACGCGACAAAUACUUCGCGUCAAGAGUCGAGAAAUACAACUCCACUGUCAUCAGAGUCAACAUGCCACCAGGUGGUUUCAUCGCACCUGACCCUAAAGUCAUCGCUCUCCUCGACGGUGCUUCCUUCCCCAUCCUCUUCGACAAUGCUAAAGUCGAAAAACGUGACGUCCUCGACGGGACUUUCAUGCCCUCCACCAACUUCUUCGGUGGCUACCGCACUUGCGCCUUUCAAGACACCGCAGAAUCUUCCCAUAGCCUCCUCAAACGGUUGAUUUUCUUUAUCUUAUCCUCCAAACACGACACCUUUAUACCUCUCUUCAACACCAACCUCUCUGAACACUUCACUGAUCUGGAGAAAGAACUCUCCAAACACGGUAAAGCAAACUUCAACUCCUCCAUCGGCACCGCCACCUUCAACUUCCUCUUCAAAUUCAUCACUGAUAAAAGCCCCACCGAAACCAAAAUCGGUGACUCCGGACCAACGCUUGUCCAAGUCUGGCUCGCAGCUCAGCUUGCACCAUUAGCCACAGCGGGUCUUCCGAAAAUAUUCAACUACAUCGAAGAUGUUCUCAUCAGAACCAUACCGAUCCCGGCAUGGACAGUGAAAUCUAGCUACGACAAGCUUUACGAAGGUGUAAUGGAAGCAGGAACCUCUGUCUUAGACCAAGCUGAAAAAAUGGGAAUCAAAAGAGAAGAAGCUUGUCACAACCUUGUCUUCACUCUAGGUUUCAACGCUUUCGGUGGUUUAACGAACCAGUUUCCGAUCCUGCUAAAAUGGGUCGGGUUAGGUGGUGAGAGUUUACACAAGAAACUCUCUGACGAAAUCAGAACCGUUGUUAGAGAAGAAAACGGUGUCAAUUUCAGAUCAUUGGAUAGGUUGACUUUGACUAAAUCAGUGGUCUACGAAACGUUGAGAAUUGAACCUGCUGUACCGUAUCAAUACGCGAAAGCGAGGGAGGAUCUGGUGGUGCAGAGUCACGAUGCGUCUUUUGAGAUCAAGAAAGGUGAGAUGUUAUUUGGAUAUCAACCGUUCGCUACUAAGGAUGCCAAGAUUUUCGAGAAUCCUGAGGAUUUUGUUGCGGAUAGGUUUGUUGGUGAUGGAGAGAAGAUGUUGAAACACGUGUUCUGGUCCAAUGGACGUGAGACUGAUGAGGCUACACCGGAUAAUAAAAUGUGUCCCGCUAAGGAUCUGGUGGAGCUCUUGUGUAGGGUGUACUUGGUGGAAUUCUUCUUGCGUUAUGAUACUUUUACGUUUGAUUUUAAACCGUCGGUUUUAGGUCCAAGUAUUACUAUCAAGUCACUCGUUAAGGCUUCCCCACCGUCUGAUCAGUGAUCAUUGAUCCGCACAAGAUCUACGCGCCUUUUCAUGCGUUUUGAGUUUUUUCUUUAAUGUUGAUUAUGUGUAUGAUUAAAUAAAGUUCUUUUUUUAUUGGUAUUAUUAAAGAGGUAGCUUCUGGGUGGGAACUGCAAUGAUGGUUUUGGAAAGAAGCAUUAAGACCAUCUCCAAUGGUAGUUCCUUCUAAUAAGUUCUCCACCUAGACAUGCCACAUCAUAGUACCAUUGCAUUGCAAUGCAACUAUGAAAAAAUUGUGGUACCCAAUCAAAUUAGUUUAUGAGGUAAAGUUGUGGGCCCAAUAAUAACUUUUUAGAAUUAUACAAUUAAAAUAAAAAUUAUAAAAAUUAUUUUAAGAUGAUGUGGCUAGUGAGACCCAUAAAAAACCCAAAAAUGGGUUGCACCACUGGAGAUGCUCUAAGGAUUGUGGAUCGUGUUUAAUUUAUUUAUUGCAUUGUGUGUACAUUAAUAUUUAAUGUUUACCUACUGGCACUGCCAGUAAUAUUUUGCAAAGUGACAUGUUUAAAUAUGUACUACUAUAUAUUAUGAUAUGAUUUAACGUUUG